AUGUCGGCGGCGACCUCAAGCAACGCCGAGACCUCUGUUGCCAGGUUAUUACUUUCACUGUCAGUUCAUGGCCGACGAGGUCAGCUUUUCUCCAACGGGGUAAAGCUCUCAGAUCUUUCCGACAAGUUGGUGGUUCUUCGUUCAGAUCUGGCCCAAAAUCUCUUCUCCAACAAUUCCCGGGUCUUAGUCGUCUCAGCCGGGGCGGGUCAUUCCGUUAUGGCCCUGAAUAAGAUAGGUGUUAACGAUGUCAACGGUGUCGAGCUCGUGGAAUCGCACCCGCUUGUGGGCCGUGCGGAUCCACACAGUCUGCCAUUUUUUGAUGACGUGUUUGAUUUUGGGUUCAGCCCGUUUCUGGAACGGGCCUUGUUCCCGGCCCGAUACGUGGGGGAAAUGGAGAGAACGGUGAAAGGUGGCGGCGCGUGUGUAGUAGCUGUGGAAGAGUGUGGCGGUGAAGAGGUGGAAGAGGUGGAGAAAUUGUUCAGAAAGUCGAAGUUGGUCGAGGUGAAUAAUGUGACUCUUGGUGGAGAAAAAAGGACGAGCAUUGUAAUGAAAGUUGUAAAGUGA